CCAAAGAGUACAAUAAGUGCUCGUAUAGCGCGAUAAAAAAAUUACCGCAGACCCCGUAUAACAAGGAGGAAGAAUUGCUGCAGUUCUCGUAACGGGGUAGAUAAAUUUCAAAAUGCAGCAAAAUGCAGGGAUCUCCACUUGUGCACGAAUUCUCCGGUGCUUAUGAAUUGUAAAUAUGUCGUCAGUAUUUUUCGAACGAAGAAAGAAGAACCAAACAAAAUCUGCAUUUUAAAGAUACCAUAUCCAUUUGACAAAUAGUGCAUCCGUGGAAUUACGUUUCAAUCUAAAAAAAAAAAAAAAAAAAAAAAAAAAAAGAAGAAGAGAAAGGAAAAAGAGGCGAUAUGGACCAGCAUACAGCAGCCGGAGCAAACGAUCCAUUUAAAAGGCGAGUUCAAACUCUGGGUAAUCGAUGAUAGUCGCCGAGUGGAGGGAUGGUAGCAAGAAUAACACGACACCUCGAUCAACUGUUCUUUCCUGAACAAAAACACGUUCAAUUUCAAGUGAGACGGAUCCUCUGACGAACGAUUAACGAGAGGAAGCUUGUGCGAAUCGAUAGGCGGCGAAAAGGGGGUUUCUUGGGAUAUUUUGCGCACACCGCAGAGACGUUGGAGGCCGGAACUCUUUUCGUUCACCUCGUGGUUCGAACGCUCCUCGCCUCUCCGGGGUAGGGAAAAAGCCACCCUCUUGUUAGACCGAGCCCUCCCCUCUAUCCCUCUGGAGCUCCGUCGGAUUCGUCGAUGACGAAACGCACACGUAAAUUCGUGGACGUGCACGGUGCUGCCGCUCGCAAAAUCAGUGCGACCCAAGUGCACCGCGAGGCAGGAACGCGGGUCUCCCGUGCGCGGCCUGUCGUUCCCGCUUGCGGCACGCGCGCCUCUUCCACAGGAGCAUCAGUCAGAUAGCGAGAGACACUCGCGUAAAUAGGUCGUUGGAUACCGCCGUUGAUUCGACAGUAAAUAGCCAAGCGAAAUUAACGGAUAGUGGUCGACGUCUCGAGAGAAGUGACAAUGGAAAACGUCAAUCGAAAAUAAAAGAAGCAUAUAGUCGAUACGAACGUGUAAUAGAUGCUGACAACUGACUAGAGUGACUAACGUUUAGAUUUAGUCGAGGUGACUAAACAAACGUCGUGAAAGAGGAAAUGAUUGGAAUGGAAAAACGAUCAGUGCGUUAAACAUCGCAGUUUUGCAUUGGAGAUUAGAUGUACGUUGUUGUUUUCUCUUUUUCUGGUGAAUCAAUCAGUGAUGUUGAGUAAAUAAAAUGUGGAUGGAUGGAAGAGACUGAUUUGUUUAAAUGGAAAUGAAUCUUACAUACGACUGUCAUCAGGAUUGAUUAAACGAAGAAAAAAUAAAUAAAUAAAUAAAAAUUAUGAAAAACAGAAGGAGAAGCUGAAACAUAGUAUGAUGGAAGAAAUAAAAUUGCAGAAUAUAGAUACAGACUUUCCCGUUCAACAGAACUAACUUGAUUUCGAAAAUAACUUUGGAUUGAAUUGUCUACGAUAAGCACGGAAAUAAACCACUGAUAUCGAUUGUCGACAGAGAAACGUGAAUUGGAGAUGCGUGGCGGUCGAACGAACUAGAAGAGAAAAACGGGCGUGCGGGAGGUGUUGAAAGAAGAGAAAAAGCUUUGAGCAUCGAUCUUGCGGCUGAUGCAGCUACUAUGACGCGGGUUGUCCGAUACAUUCAACUGUAUCCAGUGUGGAAUCGACGGGUCGCGUGGCCCACGAGACGGGAUCUACGGGGCUAUAGUUAGUAAGCUAGGCCAGUCUUCGCGAAUUGGAUCAGUGGCUACGGUCGGUGUAAACGAUGACGGCGAGGAGGACGAGGACAACGUCGGCGGGUACGACAAUGACGCCACGCGCGACGAGACUAAAAACGCUGGGUCUUCCCGACGGAAUGCAGGAGGCCGAUCGAACGCCUCCCGAUGUACCCUCUUUUUACGUGGUCUUCCCACGUAAACUCUAUUCGGUGACGUGUAUCAUGAAAGAAUAAAAUUCAAGAAAGAUCCAACGAAAUUACAAGAAAGGGGAAAAAAGAAGAAAAAAAGGGGCCAAUUUUCCGAUUCUUCCAAAUAAUAAAGAAAAAGGAAACAAACAAAAGAAAAUAGAAAAGAGACUAAAUUCGAAACUCGGUUCGAAGCUUCCGUGGAAAAUGUAAAUUCGCCUCUGGUUAUGUGUUCAAGGCUUACUUGGUAGGAUUUAAUGUGCAAUCGUGGCUGAUAAGCUUCGGGAAGUAAAGUCGUUCUUUGCGGCGCGAUAAGGACCACAUUGGUCGCAAAGAUGGACUGCUGCAACUACGUCGAGGCUUACGCGGCAGGGAGCCACUUUUAUCAACAACAACAUUACUUUUGCUAUGAUAACGCGAACACCGAUUACGGUGGCUAUGAACCGCCGCCGAUUUCCAGCGCGAUCGAAACUACUGCGCGAUACAACGGGACUGUACCGCCUGCGUAUCCGACAGAUUACGUGUAUAAUCCGAAGGAGGCGAGGCUGCGGAAGGCGAUGCGCGAACAGAGUCGCGAGCUAUCCAGGCGAUCGAUCUUGCAGAGCGCGAUCGCUCGAGCGGGCGUGAUCGCUGGUCCAGUCACAUCCGGCGGUUUCCUAGAUCAUCAGCAUCGUUUUGGUUGCGUGUCCACAGUCAACUUGCCUAUGAAUUCAUCCGUGGAAUCGGAUCGAGCCACGGAACCGUGGUUCCAGUCGACGUCUCGUCCAAAGCCGAUCCAUUCGCCCCGAAUGACCGAUUGGUACGGCAACGUGACUGAUCCUAUCGAAAGACUGCAAGUAAUGGGUGCGAUGCAUCAGCGUGGCCUCGAUAAAUGCAAAGACGUGAUGAGGAAUCAGGCUGCGGCCAGCGUAACCAAUACCGUGGCCGCUGAAUGCGGUGCUACAUUUUCAAAUAACGGAUAUCCGGUUGAUUUCACCGAUGUUAGUCGGGAAAGGGACUUACGCCGCCAAGAGAAUAUGGAGUACAGCGAAUUUCCUGAUAGUCAAAAGUGGCAUCCUUAUCAGAAUGGCGAAGGUGCUCAUCAACAUCCCAGAACUUCUCAUCCUUCUCAGAUGAGCAACAUUCUUCACCCAAACAUUCAGAGUCCAGGUUCACACGGACACGAACCAUGGGGUCAAUUUUGUCAUGGCGUGCUGCCACACACUCCGCCUAUGCCUCGAAACGUUGGAGUCCGUGGGCCGCGACACACUCUGCUGUUACAGGAUCGUAUGCCCCCUAGACACUGUGAGUUUUCCGAGGAAGCACCGCGAAUGAUGUAUCAUCCAACUAAGCUCGAUAUCGAGAACGUACGAGCAUCGUACACGCCCUCUGAGCACCAGAUGCCGAGAUUACUUGAAACCUCAGUAAAUUCUAUCGUGGAUUCUGCGUCCACAAUAAGGAUUCGUCGUGAGGAUGAUGGCCCCAGGUGGGAGCCAAGCACUAUGAAUAACAGAAUGUCUAUGGAUAAUCUAGUUCCAACAACGGAAUCUAGUAUAUCACGCGAUAAAGAACACGAAUCUCGUCGAUCAGCUGAAAGAUUCGAGCCAAAGAAGAAGAGCGUCAGUAAGCAACCGUUGCCUGGUUUUCACCAAGCAUUCGGUUCGACGGAGAUUGGCAGGUUCUCCAGAUCGGAGUUUUUCGUGAACAUGGUGGGCGAGAGCGGCGGAAACAUGGAAGUCGCCGACACGGAAAGUAUUACCGUAAGUACGGAUCGUAUGUCAGAGGUAAACGGAUCGACAGUGACCACUGCGACACACGGUACGUCGGUAAUUACUACGACCGCGACGACGACCGUUAGGUCUUUCGACGGCGACGAAAGCGAGGAGGCGAGUUUCGACGAGUCGAACAACGACCUCGUCGCUCCGACGUCGAUGGGUAUGUAUUGCAGCCAACCAAGUAUUCCUCGUUGGCAUAGACCUCACAUAGGCGCUAUAGGUAGCGAAAUUUAAAGCAAAUCAUCAAUUCUUUCGCGGGCUAACGUGUUUCCCAAUUGAAAGUCUGAUGGAAGGGAACUAUGUAAUUCUAAUCAUUUUCAAAAGUGCGAGUAUGCCACUGGAGCAUUUUCUCUCGCAAUUUUCUUUCUGGAUACAGUGGUUUAUGAAAGAAUUUUGAACUGUUGCGUCCAAAAGAACGAAGGAAGAGCGACUGAACAAAUCUCUACAUUAUGUGAUGUAUACGUAGAUAUUUGCAAAACUUGAUCAAACGUAUUUUCAACCUUGUGUGUAUGAUUCAAUUAUGAAUGGAGUUGCUCUUUGCCAUGGAAUUUUUUUACGAGUCUACGAAUGCUGCGUUUAUUUAUAGAUUCUAAUUAGCCCCCGAAAGGAAUUAGCAAUUCAUCAAGGACGCGAAUUGCGUCCAGUUGUCUGUAGGAUUAAAUUAUUCCCUCCGAUGUUCAAGUUACCCGAUAAUAUUCUGUACGUGGAGAGAGAAUCGUCUGUUAUUCGUAAUUGAUAACUCUCAGCUAACUUGUUCGAAUCGAUUUCGCGAGUAAGACAAAUUUCUCCAAUUUGUACAAACAUUACGCGUUAGACUUUGACUCGCCGGGGAAUAUAAAUGGCGUACGAAACAUCCCGGCAAACUGCACACACGUUUGUCGAGAUUGUGCCUUUAAGAGAUCUGUGGAGCUAUUAAAGGUCUUCAAAAUUUUUGAUCGAAUCAAAAAUAUAAAAUCAAAAGCAGCACGAUAUUCGCGGGUCUCGUACGUCAACUAUAUUAAGUUGAGCAACUUACAUCGAUGUAUUAUAUUGAAAGGCUAGAAAUUUUGGCGAAAGAGAUAUCUCAUAUCAUCUUUAAAAACAAACGACCUUUUUCUUCGACGCGAAAAGUAUUUCAAAAAUACUAAAUAUUGUUUAAAGUAUUUUUUUUAAUAGCAAAUUUAUUCUGAUAACACAAAGACGUUGUAAAAUAUAAAGAAUUUUGUGGGUUGCUCAAACUUGGUAAAGAAAUAUAAUCAAAAUGUGUCGAUGGAAGUAUUUAAUCGGCACCUUCCAUCAAGUUGUUAGAUAUCGCCGAUGAUACACUGAGAUUAGUGUACCGACGAUGAAUUAUAUGAUUAUAUUAAAUAUAUAUUUAAAAAAGUAAAUAUAUAUAUAUAUAUAUACAUGUAUAUAUAUAUAUAUAUAUAUAUAUAUAUAUAUAUAUAUAUAUAUAUAUAUAUAUAUAUAUAUAUAUAUUGUACUUAUAUGUAUAAUGGAGGAACGAAAACGCGCGACGAAAAGGUAUUUAAGUUAUUUAGUAGAAUAUUUAGACGACACGUAUUGCUGCGCGGAGAAACGUAUGAAUAAAAGUGAACAUUAAUAUCGCGAACGUAGGAAGUCGAGAAACCGACGAAAUACACACCGUUCCGCUCCUGAAAAAUAUGUUUUUCCUGAGGGGGAUGCACGGUAUUUUUGCAUUUGGAACUCCUUUUAUUUCUUCACUGCAAAAUAAUAUGAAAUAUUUCCAAAAUACAAGAAGACAAAUAUCGCAACUUCAGUAUGUUAAUGCAUUAAAAGAUAAGGAAAAAGGUUGGAUUGUAUAAGAGAAGUUUGUAAGUUAAGACUGUAGACAGUAAGACUGUAGUUAUAAUGUAAACUCAAAAAUAUGGCAUGUAAUUUAUUGAAACUUUUUUAUAUAUCCAUUUUAACGUACGUUUAAUAUUCGAUUUAUUAUAGUAACUUUGGGACCUUUGGAAAAUAUACCUAGAAAGAAAAAAUGUUUUUAGAAUCUGCGCAUUAACGUUCUGACAAGUGCGAUAUUGUAUGGAAAAAUGCAAAGUUCACCUUAUUAAUUAUGUUCUUCUUAUAUGUGACAUUCAUAUUUUUGCUAUUCAAUUUCUAUUUCAUUAGAACUUAUGUUUCAUUAAAUUUAAAAAUUGUUCUCAUGUAAGAAACGAUCUUCGAUAUUGUCUUGAGUGAGAAUGAAAUAUUUUUUAUUAUUUCUAUUUUUCUUUUCUUUUUGAUCGAGUUCUGAGUCCCGUGCAGGCACCUAUGACUCGUGUUGAUUGAUCUAUCGGUACAUCGACUUAACAUAAUUCGUGCCAGCUACCCUGUACCUAUAAUGGGACCAAAUUAAAAGAGAAGCUUUUAUUUCGCGUUCACCGUCGCGCUUACGUCCCGCGUAUUUUAUCGUGUAUGAAAACCUUCCCCCGUUCCGUUCGAUCGAUUGCCUCGAACAAGAGGCAAAAAUUUGUAUUGAAACGUGAAAUGUUCUUUAACACGUUCGAUGUUAUUUCAAGCAAAUGGUUAUUAACGAUCUACUUAAAAAUUGCACUGAAUUGCGUUCAAUUAUAUUUCAGUCUUUUAUCUUCAAUUGUACCGAAAUCAAUGAUAGAAAUUAGAAUUUUUAAUGUAAUGAAGAUAACUUUAAAUGUAGAAAUGUUUAAUUUUUUCUUUGCCUCGAAUUCUCUAAAUUCUUUUCUAAUGCUAUUUUAAAUUGAUUUGCGUACUAAGAUGAUUCAUUUACCAUGACAUGGAGCGUGUUAAUUGAAAAUUCACGUGAAAGUAAACGAAUUCACGAGGAACGUGUUGUGCUGUUUAGCAAGAUGAAUUAGUGUUCCAUCGAUCAAAUACAUUGUUUAAAUAUCGUGUGAUCAUCGUUUAUAAUGAAUAUCGUUCGAGCGUAAUAGAAAUACUUAACGAUGGUAAUUCAACAUUCGACUUUUUUGUUCUUGGACGUAUAGGAACGUUCAAGAAGCAUGGAAUGAUGUAAAUGCUGUGAUUUGUUUUAAAAUUAAACGAGCGUAGUUUAUAGUGGUACACAGUGGGGGAACGCUGAAUAUCGUCGCGACGUGAGGAAAGGCGAGUUGUGAUAAAAAGAGAAAAAAAUUCUGUAAGAAAUUUUGACGAUACACGUAAUUGUCUGUCUAGUACGAUCGAUCAUCGGGGCCCUCUUGCACAAUGAAACUAAUGUUAUUAGCGGAAUUUUACAAGUUAUCGGUGUGGAUAAAUUCUUUAACACAGUAGCAACAAGAUUUGUGUUAAAACGAGUAAAGUGUCAAUUUUGCAAAUUGUAAGCCAAUCAAUUGCCCUACUUGACGUAAUGCUACAAAAGUAUGCAACAAAAGUUUUUAAUCUUUACAACUUAUCACUUGUAAGUUCGCUAAUGUUAUUAAUUAGAUUAUCGUGCAUGAGAGCUCAGUUGUUUUAACUUUUGGAUUAUUAGUAAGAGCACAAACCACUCCAACGAGGUCCAAUCUUUCGAAACGUUUCGUCAUUAAAGAAAUUUAGGGAUAGUCGAAGAAAAAUCCUUUCGCUGUGCGGUGUAUACUUCCAUAAUUUAUUUCACAUUUUAACUCUUCAAAUUUUAUUAACAUAAGAUAUUUAUAUUUAUUAGUAUAAAUAUGACUACGAAGAAAUGCAGCGAUAGUAGGGGGAGAGGAGGAGGAAAUCUUUCACUAUAUUAUUAUACGUCUGUAUAAUGAACUUCAAGUUCGAACAGCGAUAAAAGAUGGACCUAAUACAGCAGGAAAUUGCCAGCAUCUCGUGGAUGGAACAAAAGUUAAGACAACCGAGGAAGUUUCUUGGAUUCUAUCACGCCAACCUCGUCGUCUCCAAAACGUGAAUCCUAUGACGAAAUUUUAGCGAUGCGUUAAUUACUUGGAAAUUUUAAUAAUUUUGUUACUUUAUUGACUUGUCUUGUUGGCGAUGCAGACUGUAACAUAGAAUUAUGACUUACACGUCUUACGAUUAAGGACGAAUAAACCAUAAUCCACGUUUCAUUAUUGGCAACGAUAUUAAACGUAGAGGUAGAACUGGUAAAAAAGAAGGAGAGGAAGAGGAAAAAAAAAAGUUCAGUCAGUGAUAGAAGAACAAAAAGAAAGGAAAGAACAACGUGAAAAUGAUUGCGACUAACAGGAAAACGUAACCCGUAUUAUAACUCGUAAACGACUUUCUGUCUAAUUAUUAGCUAAUUAUUAUCAUUCUAACCGGUAGGAAACCGUACUAAGGGAUUGAAAUGUACAGAAAAACGAUUAUGAACCACCGUACAUCUCUUAAAUCCUACAAGUGCCAAGUUGGUGAGAAAAGUCCUUACAAAGGCUCGUGUUAUUAAGUAUCAAAUUCGAACGCAAAAAGGAAAGAAGUAUAUUUCGCGAACAUUUAACUCUAUCAGUUUUCAUGUAAUUAGAUUAGAGUUCAAUUCAGGUUCUUGUAUUAUCAGAUUGAUGAACGUCGGUGGCUCGUUGGUAUUCACGAUGUGAGAUAUAAAAUUCGAGAUACGUUUCAUUUAACAUUGAUUCGAAAUGAAAUUUAUUAAAGAAUAGAACUGAUAGAGUUAACGCAGACAGAAUGGAACUUAAUGAUGACGAACAUGCUUUUAUUCGCGUACAAUUAUGUACAUGGAACUAUAACAAUACCGGUAUUAUUGAGCUUAAAUUCACUUUUAAUUCGAACACGUUACCAGCUUAAGGAACGAAGUUCUUUAAUGAGAUUCAACGGAAAAAUAAUGAAAAUGUUUAAAUGAAGAUCGAGCGUAAGCAGUGUAACGAAAAUAAAUGGACGUCUAUACGACAGUAUAGAAGUAAAAAAAAGGCAAAAAAAGAAAAUUAUGAAAUUA